UCAAACAACUAUGUAUUCUCAAUCUCAGUGUCUUUCUUAUACUUAUACCUAUCACACACUUUCAAACCCAUCUACAAAUGGAUGUUACUUAUGUUCACAAACAUGUCUACACCUCCAUCCACCGGUCCAUCACAAACCACCAAAACUCCACCUACAAACCAUCCGCGGCCACAAACGCCGCGGGGUUCCCACUACUCGCCAUCGUGAUAGCCUGCAUUACCGCCAUCACGUUCCUCAUAGUUAGCUACUUCUUGAUCACCAAAUGUUGCUACCCGUUAGCCCGGUUCUUGAUGACCCGAACCCCUAGUUCUGACGAGCCACCAUCGAUCUACUCCACCCCGGCUUGGCAGAUCACUGGGCUCGACGAGUCACUGAUCCAACAAAUACCCGUUUGUCGGUAUAGUAAACGAGACGGUGACAACAUAAGACUUUACAAAUGUGUUGUUUGUUUGAAUGAGUUUCAAGAUGCUGAUACGUUAAGAGUUCUACCUAGUUGUGAUCAUGGUUUUCAUUUGCAUUGCAUUGACAUUUGGCUAAGGAGCAAUCCGAACUGCCCGAUUUGUCGGUUGAACAUCUCAGGUGGGGCCCCAAAUCCAACGGACACGAUUGUCAUGGCUUCUUCACCACAACAUCCGCCAUCAUUGACCCAUAACAGCCCCACAACUAGCGAUGAAGAGUUUGUUACAAUUGAAUUGGGGGAUUAUUCACGCGAGUCGCAGAAGUGUCGCGUUGACCCGAUAGUUAGCGACAAAAGGGUAUGUGUCGCGAAAGAUGAGGAGCUUGUGAUCCAACCCCUUAGGAGGUCAUUUUCGAUGGAUUCUGCAGCUGAUUGUCACGUUUACUUAUCGGUUCAAGACAUCAUACGAAACCAUGAAGAAGCGAACAGGACGAAACGACCAUUUUUCUCGUUCGGACAUACGCGUGGAUCACGAAGCGCUAUCCUUCCUCUAGAGUUGUAAUUAGAUGAUUGUUUGAUCUUGUUUUCAAUUUAUCCGUUCUUUUUGAGGUGUGAUAAAGAUAUAUUAUAUUCACUUUUCACUUGC